UUGUAGGUAGUACAAGAACUGAAAAAUAAUUUUUGGUUGCCAGUAUACCUGUAGUCGUUGCACUGAUCAGUCGAUAGUUUUGUGAUAAAUUAUUUCUCAAGUGAAUUAAAUUAUUAACCAUGGGACGUGAUUCUAGAAAGGUUUCAAGAGAACUUCGGAGUUCUGAAAAAAUUAAUAAGUCGCGUUCAGUCAAAAGAAAGAAUGUUUUUAAUCCGAAAACAGCCGAACGUGAUGAAAGUAUUCAGAGUACAUCUUCUAAAAAAUUAAAACAAAACACUGAAGAUGAUGUACCUGAAGACAGCAGUACUGAAUUUCGAAUAAUAAAUUUUAUUCAGGUAUUCACUGCAAUUUCUGCUCUUAUAAAAUGUAAAAAAUGUGAUGGAAAUGUAGUGUUUCAAACAGCAAGUACACGUGGGCUGGGAUUCAAAAUUGUAGUUGCAUGUAAUAACUGUGGAAAUGAAUAUAUUCCUUCCUGUUCUUUCGUUGGGCAUUCUUAUGAAAUAAACAGACGUUUCAUUUUUGUAAUGAGAAUACUAGGAAUAGGAUACGAAGGAUUGUGCAAGUUUUGCGGCCUGAUGGACAUGCCGUCUUUUUUAGAUAAAUCUACGCAUACAAUUUUACUGAAACAGAUUUUGAAUUGUAGUAAAGCCGUCGCAGAAACCUUCAUGACGAAAGCUGUGAAUGAAGAAAAGCAAGCAAUGCCAACAACUGAAAAUGAAGAUAUAAAUCAUCUAACUGUAUCGGGAGAUGGAACCUGGCAAAAACGGGGAUAUACAUCGUCAUUUGGAGUUUCUUCUAUAAUUGGCUAUUUUACUGGAAAGAUUCUUGACAUAAACAUUAAAAGUGCAUAUUGUAAGCUAUGUGAGUAUUGGAAAAAAAAAACAAAUACUGUUGAGUUCGAGGAAUGGUAUCAAUCGCAUGAAGAUGUGUGUUCUGCUAAUCAUCAAGGGUCUUCUGGGAAAAUGGAGGUGGAUGCGAUGGUCGAAAUGUUUUCGUAUUCUGAAACUAAAUAUGGAGUUAAGUAUGCCAACUAUAUUGGUGAUGGUGACUCCAAGACCUAUUCAGGAAUUAUAAAAUCAGAUCCUUACGAAAAUACAACUGUAAAUAAAAAGGAAUGUAUAGGGCAUGUCCAAAAGCGGAUGGGGAGUCGAUUACGUACGCUGAAGAGUAAACAAAAAGGUCUUGGUGGUCGAGGUAAGCUCACAGGAAAAUUAAUAGACAAACUAACUGUGUACUAUGGUUUAGCAAUACGCCGGCAUUGUGAUUCUAUUGAAAAUAUGAAAUCUGCUAUAAUGGCAACCUUUUAUCACUACGGCUCGAGUGAUGAAAAACCGAAUCAUGAUAUGUGUCCAAAAGGCGAAGAAUCUUGGUGCUCUUACCAGCGCGCUGAAGCAAGAGGAGAGCUUGAUACCUUUUCUCACGAUUAUUCUCCUUUACCUUCUGAUGUUUUAAAAGCUAUCAAGCCUAUAUACGAAGAUCUUAGUAAUGAAAAUUUACUUUCAAGAUGUGUAGGUGGAUUCAAUCAGAAUAAUAAUGAAAGCUUUAACCAACUAGUAUGGAAAAUAUGCCCAAAAACGUCUUGAUGAAUACACUAGGACUUAAUUGUGGGCCUAAUUCUCAUCGGUAUGCAGAAAGAAUGGAUGCUGCACGUAUCAAAGUAGCAGAUAAGCGCGCUAAUGAUAACACCCGAGAAGGUCGAUUGCAACGUAGGCACCAGCAAAUCGAUAUUUUGGAAGCUGCUAUGUCGGCUGAAGAGCUAUUAUAUGGUCCAGGAAUAGAUGACUCAGUAUGAAUCUCCAAGGACUUAUGAUGAUCACCGCAAAGGACUUCGGGAGGAACGGGCUCUACAAAAACAGCGAUAACUUUUUGAAUUAUUAAUUUUUUUUUUUGAAAUUUUCGUGAAGUCAAAUCGAAACGUGUUCUAAUAAAGCUAUGUUUUUAUUUUUGUCAAAUAAAGUAAUUAACUACAAAAAAAAAAUUAUUGAAAAUCAUCAUUUUUUCAUACCCCUGAGUACCCCU